UUGCAAAAUGUGUUAGCAUUCUAGGUCUUCUCACGUUCGUGAAAGGGGAUAAAAUGGAGCCUUUUAUAGUGGGGGGGUCCUACGCGAAAAUCGAGGAUUUCGCCCACGCAGCGUUUCUUGCUAUUUCUUGUGACAGAGAUACGGGCACGGAGCAUUUCUCGUGUGGGGCGUCUGUGGUGAACCAGAUUAUAAUUUUGACGGCCGCACACUGCCUGGAGGACUGCCUGGCAACAAGCAGCGUGCUGGUGGCGGUUGGAGUGGUUAAUAAACGCGGUCCUUUCACACACGAAGUCAGCCACUUCGUAAUCCACCCGCAGUACGAUAGCGAGCUGGUGUCCAAUGACAUUGCCCUUGCGGCGCUCACGGAGCCCCUUAAGCUCAACCACAGGGUUAAGAGAGUGGUUAUAAUGGAGGACCCGCCAUACCAAGAAAUAUCUAGUGUUGCCGGAUGGGGUGUUGUUGAUGAAGAACAAGGCACCGCCGGCAAGUACCUGAAAGAAGCUAAGCAAAUGUACGUGAACAGAAGAAAAUGCUCGAAGAUUCUAAAGAUGCUGAACAAAGGUACAUUUUGUGUGAGCGGAAUUCAUAAAAUGAAGAACUACGGUUACGCUGCCUCAGGUGACUCCGGCAGUGCCAUUGUUGUUCGAGGUUACAUUCAGAUCGGUCUAGUGUCGUACAAAAUCCCUCAAUAUUCCACCAGCGUGAUCGGUGCCACCGAUGUUGGAUAUUACUACGAGUGGGUCAUGAUCAACGCCGAAGAUCUUUUCUGCCAGUCAAAAGAAGAAAAAUAAAAUAAAAAUUGUUUAUUAAUUCCGAAUUCACGAUCCUAUAUAGAUGUACACAGCGUUGAAUUAGCAUUCGUUUAAGGCGGUCAUUAUUGUCGCCAUUAUUUAGGUGGACAAUGAAAAAUUUAAGCUGCACAUUGCAUUCCAAGUAAACCCUUUCAUAUGAUAU